AUGCUUCCAAUCACAACCACUCUCGGAAAUCUCAACGAAAAGAGACUCGAUCCCAUCGAACAGAUCAAGGAUGGUCUUCAAGACGUACACAACACACUCCUCGAAGAAUCAGGAUGUGUCCAAGGCAAUCGCAUUUGCUCGUCGCUCACACUUGGUGUAUUGGUUCAUAUGGUACACCAACAUGAACAUGCCGAGCCCCCCUUCAUCGCUCCCCUUGAUGGGUACAGUGUUUCCCCAGCUCUGAACCUGGUGAAAGAGUGCUCUGAGCCGAUGCCGCUACAUGAUAAUCCCGGGACAGAAAGGCUCACGUACAUUGACGCCAACGAUGGCCGAACUUACCCUUGCAGCAUCAAAGGGAGAAUGACGCCAGUGCUUCAGAAGGUCGACAGGGAGCUCUGGGGUAUGCGCCCGGCCGACUCUAAAGACUAA